CAGAACGACCUCAGUUAACAAAAAUUCGAUUCCCAUAAGUACUUUAAUAUGUGACAAAACUCCUUAUAUUUUGCCACAAGUUUAACAAAACAACCUUCAGCAGAACCAACAUGGUCAACUCAAAUAAAAGAUAAAGACAAAAGUAUGUUAUGCAUGGUAAAAAUAGACUAUCCAUCUUUCUCAGAUUCCAUCCAUUAACCCGUUUCCUUCAUUCUCCCCUUCAAAUUCUUCUGUCUUCCCCCUCCCUAUAUACAAGCCUGAAGCAGCAGAGAUUCUGUGUCUCUUAUUGCACAACCUCCAAUAGAGUUCAGAAAAACAUGGCAACUUUGCAAAGGUCUGCAGUUUCGUUCAGGAGGGAAGGGUCAUCAGGUUCGGUCUGGGAUGACUUGUAUGUGCUGGGGGAAGACGGCACGGUGCAUUACAGGGAUCAGCUAAGGCCAUGCCAGAGCACCAGAGAGCGCAGCAGCUCAACCCCAGUGCCCAACGCUUGCCCUCGUAGCAUGUCAACCCCGGCCAUGGAUCCAUCUUCUCUCAUUAAAGUAUUUGGCAAAUUGUCUCGUGAAGAUAAACCUUUUCCUGAAGUCCCAAAGUUACCACAAUCCAAGUCAAAAAAGCACAAGGCUUAGUCUCAGGUUAACAGAUAUUCGGCAUUUGUUGUCAUUGGGUUCUCUGCUUCCCCCUAUGCAUUUUCCUUAAUUUCCCAUUUAAUUUUCUUGACAAACCAUAUUUUAUGUAUUCAUUUAGUAGAAAAAUUCUUUAACAUACCUCAAUGGUAUGACAAGUAACUUCUAAGUUACCUCAAAUAUUAUAUCAUUCCUGUAAGUUCCUAGUAUCUUUUUAAGAAUAAAUGGCAGUACAAAUUUGGUCAGCAUUAUACAGUUA